UUCUGUAGCCAAACGAAAUAGAAGUGCAGUCGUAUAUUGAGAGUCGCAGAGUAAACAUCAGUUUUAGUUAUAUCUUGACAAUUUCUGUUACAUUCAAUUGGACUUACGUUUCACUGCAACCCCCAAUAUGUCCGCACGGUCAGUGAGAGAGUUGGAAAGAAUUCGACAAAUAAGUGAAGUGAAUUCGGGUGAAGAAGUUUCAAUACCAGAAGAUGAUCAAACUGAAAGUCGAAGUGAUUCUGCAGACAAUGAGGAAACACAGGAUGAUGAUGUGACUGCCGAUGAAACUGGAUAUUUUAUGAAUCUCCAUAGAGGACAGAGGCGCCGAAGAUUUUUAUCGGAUUCUGAAAGUGAUAGUGAACAGAAUUUUGAAGACACUGUCACUGCUAUUGAUGGAACUGUUUGGCAGCGAAUCCGAGAAGGACCGGCAAUCGGAAGACCAUCGCUUACUUUCAGAGAAGUAUCAGGACCAACGGCAUAUGCCAAAAGAAAUAUUAUGUCUGGUAAAGUCUCAUCUGCAUUUUCGGUGAUAAUAGAUCACACAAUUAUUGAAAACAUAAAGAAAUAUACAGAAGCAGAAGCUUUACGAGUUUUGGAGACUGCAUGGGAUCUGCCUAUACAAAAAUUAUAUGCAUUCAUUGGAGUAUUAUAUGCACGUGGAGUCCGAAUCAAUAAAUCGCGUGUCGUCUCCUCACGACUUCCGGCGCUUUAAUUUUGUGCCGUGCGCAACAAUAACAAUAAAAAUGUGUGUUUAAUUUUA